AUGCUCCGAUUAUCCCCCCAUCCAUUCUCCAGCUUACCGCCUCACUCAAGCCUCGGUGAGGGAGAAGAAGCAUCUCGCCCCGAACUCGAGGAAUUCCUGCAUUCAAUCCUCAAGGAGACCCAAACCUUCACCACGCAAACAAUUACGCAAAUAUUCACGCCAGACUCAAAACUGCGCGCAUCGCCGCCGUCGACUGCCAAAGUCCAGCUACUGACAACAGAAAGGAGCAACGGUAAUGGAGGUAAAGGAGAAGAGUACUGGGUUUGUCGCAAGAGCGUCCACGCCGACGCCGCGCAAAAGGGGACCGCGACGUGGGCUGAGUUUGAGAAUGGGCUGAGACGGAACCAUUCAGAGAAUGAAAUGGCGUAUACACCGAGUGUCGCGGCGGUGGAGCAUUUGGUGCAGUGGCCGGUGCAGAAGGAGGUGAGGGGUGGAUGGAGGGAAGUGGAUAUGCAUGUAAAUAUGAUCACGCAUACAUUCAACCCCGGAGCCCUCAUCUCCCCGCGAACAUUUAUUUCUCUUGUGAUAUCGGCCUAUGAGCCACAACCAGAAAACAGCACGACUUCUUCUCACCAGCCGGGAUUCUACACAAUCCAGAUCCCGCUCUCAUUCAAAACUUCAUCUGCCCAUCUGAGGGAAAAGAUCAAAUCCGCUGUUCCAAAGAAUACCAUUUUCGCGCAUUAUGCCAGUGUUGAACAUGUCGGUUUACUACCUACCUCUGAGAGCGCAAAUGAGGAGCGGCGCAUCGAGUGGACGAUGGCUACGACGUCGGAUGCCGGUGGGCUCAUUCCGCAGUGGGUGCAGCGCAGUUGGACGAUGGGCGGCGUGCCCAAGGCUGUGGUGGCUGAUGUAGGCUUGUUUCUCGGCUGGACUGGUGGACAGAGGCGGUCUUGA